CGGCGCGACCUCCGCCGCGGCCGCGCCGCCCGCCGCCGGAGAUCUACACCGCGCCGCCGCCCACGCCCAGAAAGCGCGCGAAGCGCAAGGCGCCGCGCCGGCCGGCGCCCGUCGAAGAAGACGAGGCGCCGCCGGCGCCGCCCGCUCCGGUCGAAGAGGAGGAGGCGCCGGCCCCGUUCGCGCCGCCCGAGGAGGACGACGACGCGCCGCCGCCCUUUGCCCCGCCCGAGGAGGAGGAGACCGAACCGCCACCGCCGCCGCCGCCGCCGCGCCGCCGCCCGCGCGCCGAGCCACCGGCCGCAGAGGAAGCUCCGCAGACGCCGCCGCCGCGCACGACGGGGCCGACGUUGCGGCCACGGCCCGCCGGGCCCGCCAUGCAGCCGGAGACGCCGUACCGCCGGCUGCCGCGCACGGAGCGCCUGCGCCGCUCCGCGGAGCGCCGCCGCCGCCGGGCCCUCGCGGCGCGCGCCGCGCUCCAGCAGCGCUCGCACCCGAUGGUGCUCCGCCGCCGAACGGUCCAGCUCCGCCAGGAGUACCUGCGCCUGUUCACGGAGUGGUGCCGCAUCCAUCAGGGCGACCAAGAGGUCCUCUGAAGCCAGGGCUCGACCUUCCCCUCUGUUCCCCCCUGAUAAAUUGAGUUCGGCUCUGAUCUUUCCACAGCGAUUCUAGCGGUAAGACACACUAGCAAGCGACGCCGAGUUGCGUAUGCACCCUACCUUGCUGUUGGAGGGCGGCCAACAGGUC